AUGGAUGAGUGGGUUAAGGGUGGCUUGUCUCCAAUUAGACCUUCAUUUCAUAAGCGCCAACCAGGAAGACCCAAGAGAGUGAGGACAAGGGAGCCUGCUGAGGUUCAAGUACCAGCCUUAAACCUACCAAACCCGUUGCCUCCAGGUUACAUUGCUCCACCAGCAAAACUUAGAAGACUCUUCAUUAAAAUUAGAUGUGGAGCAUGUGGAAAAGAAUGCCACAAUCGAAGAGGAUGUGGAAGACAGGCUAAGGCAACCGAAAAUGGGAAUGUUGGCCAAAAUGAAGUUCAAGCAGCUGACAAUGGAAAUGCAUGCCAAAAUGAUAAUGCCCAACCCAAACUAAUGCUGCCUCAGCCCAAACUUACACUGCCCCAACUCAAACUUACACUGCCCCAACCCAAAUUCAAGUUAAUAGGGGCAGAGGAACAGGAAGAGGCGUAUGGAAUCCAGCUACAAGGGUGUCAUCUUCACAACUAG